UAAGGGGAGUUUUAGCUGCCCGGCUGAGCAGGAGUUUGGGGUUAGAGCCAGAGCGAGUCCGGUGUUCGGAACCUUGUCGGCCGCGCAUCAUAACGCUGUUGGCCGGAGUGUGUUUGGGGCUGCAAGGGAAGCUCAAGUAGUAAAACGAGGCCCUCCUUAAAGAACAAUGGACGAUGGGAAGCCGGUGUGGGCGCCACAUCCAACUGAUGGCUUUCAGUUGGGCAAAAUUGUUGAUAUUGGGCCGGGCUCCUUAACGAUUGAACCACUUAAUCAGAAGGGGAAGACAUUCUUGGCUCCGAUAAACCAAGUAUUUCCUGCUGAAGAGGACACCACCAAACAUGUAGAAGACAAUUGUUCUCUGAUGUAUCUAAAUGAAGCCACUCUUCUUCACAAUAUACAAGUGCGGUACAGUAAAGACAAAAUAUAUACCUAUGUGGCCAAUAUCCUUAUUGCAGUAAAUCCAUACUUUGAUGUUCCGAAAUUAUAUACUUCAGAACAGAUUAAGCAGUACCAUGGUAAAUCUCUGGGAACGCUGCCGCCUCAUGUUUACGCAAUAGCUGAUAAGGCCUUUAGAGACAUGAAAGUUCUAAAGAUGAGUCAGUCUAUUAUUGUGUCUGGAGAAUCAGGUGCAGGGAAGACAGAAAAUACCAAGUUUGUUCUUAGGUAUUUAACAGGGUCCUAUGGAUCUGGACAGGACAUUGAUGAAAGGAUUGUUGAAGCUAACCCCCUGCUGGAAGCAUUUGGAAAUGCAAAGACUGUCCGCAACAACAACAGCAGUCGUUUUGGAAAAUUUGUAGAAAUUCACUUCAAUGAGAAGAACUCUGUAGUUGGUGGAUUUGUAUCUCACUAUCUUCUGGAGAAGUCUCGUAUCUGUGUGCAGGGUCAAGAUGAAAGGAAUUACCACAUUUUCUACAGGCUAUGUGCUGGAGCACCAGAGGACAUCCGUCAGAAACUCUUCCUAUGCUCCCCAGAUACUUUUAGGUACCUCAAUCGCGGCUGCACAAGAUAUUUUGCUUCUAAGGACACUGAUAAACAGAUUCUACAAAACCGCAAGAGUCCUGAGUACGUAAAACAUGGCGCACUGAAGGAUCCUUUGCUGGAUGACCAUGGAGAUUUUAAUCGAAUGUGCGUAGCUAUGAAAAAGAUUGGCUUGGACGACACAGAGAAGCUUGAUCUGUUUAGAGUAGUUGCUGGAGUCCUCCACCUCGGAAAUAUUGAUUUUGAAGAAGCUGGGAGCACCUCUGGUGGCUGUAUUCUGAAAAAGAAAUCCAGCGAGUCAUUACAGUGCUGUGCUAAACUCAUGGGCCUUGAUGAAGAGGAUCUGCAGGUUAGCCUCACUAGCAGGGUGAUGCUCACGACAGCAGGGGGCACCAAAGGCACAGUUAUAAAGGUCCCCCUGAAAGUCCAACAGGCAGAAAAUGCUCGAGAUGCCCUUGCAAAAGCCAUCUAUAGCCACCUGUUUGAUCAUGUGGUAAACAGAGUCAAUCAGUGCUUUCCCUUUGAAAGGUCGUCCUUCUUCAUUGGGGUUUUAGACAUUGCUGGGUUUGAAUACUUCGAACACAACAGUUUUGAACAGUUUUGCAUUAAUUACUGUAAUGAGAAGCUGCAACAGUUCUUUAAUGAAAGGAUCCUGAAAGAGGAACAAGAGCUUUAUCAGAAGGAAGGCCUAGGGGUCAAUGAAGUGCACUAUGUGGAUAACCAGGACUGCAUAGAUUUGAUUGAAUCAAAGUUAGUGGGUGUCCUGGAUAUUCUGGAUGAAGAAAACCGGCUCCCUCAGCCAAAUGACCAGCACUUUACUUCUGCGGUUCAUCAGAAACACAAGGACCAUUUCCGACUCACUAUUCCCAGAAAGUCCAAGCUCACUGUACACAGAAAUAUCAGAGAUGAUGAAGGCUUUAUUAUUAGACAUUUUGCAGGAGCUGUAUGCUAUGAAACGACCCAGUUUGUGGAGAAAAAUAAUGAUGCGUUGCAUAUGUCGCUUGCAUCCCUCAUAUGUGAGUCCAAGGAUAAAUUUGUCAAAGAGUUAUUUGAAACUGCCAAUAACCACAAAGACUUGAAGCAGAAGACAGGAAAACUUAGCUUCAUCAGUGUGGGCAACAAGUUUAAGACCCAGUUGAAUUUGCUGCUGGAAAAACUACGUAGCACUGGAUCUAGCUUCAUUCGCUGCAUCAAACCCAAUUUAAAAAUGACAAGUCAUCAGUUUGAAGGAGCACAGAUUUUAUCUCAGCUACAGUGCUCAGGCAUGGUGUCCGUUUUAGACUUAAUGCAAGGUGGGUUUCCUUCCCGAGCAUCCUUUCAUGAACUCUACAAUAUGUACAAGAAAUAUAUGCCUGCAAAGCUGUCUCGAUUGGAUCCAAGACUUUUCUGCAAGGCUCUUUUCAAAGCCUUGGGUUUAAAUGAAAAUGAUUACAAAUUUGGUUUAACUAAGGUGUUUUUCAGGCCUGGCAAGUUUGCAGAAUUCGAUCAGAUCAUGAAAUCUGAUCCAGAUCAUUUAGCAGAGCUGAUUAGGCGCGUCAAUCACUGGCUUAUCUGCAGUCGCUGGAAAAAGGUCCAGUGGUGUGCACUUUCCGUUAUCAAAUUAAAAAACAAGAUUCAAUACCGGGCUUCAGCUUGCAUUAAAAUGCAAAAAACGAUUCGAAUGUGGCUGUGCAGAAGGAAACACAAACCACGAAUUGAUGGAAUGGUAAAGGUACAGACACUGAAAAAAAGGCUGGAUAAAUUUAAUGAGGUUGUUAAUGCCCUUAAAGAAGGAAAAGCAGAAAUGGACAAACAAGUGAAGGAAUUGGAGCUUUCCAUUGAUGCCCUGAUCUCCAAGAUAAAGAACACUAUAAUGACCCGAGAGCAGAUAGAACGAGAAUAUGAUAAUCUGGUCAAAAGUUCUGGUCAACUACUUAACUCUUUGCAAAAGAGAAAAAAAGAAGAAGAGGAGGCUGAGCGUUUGCGCAAAAUCCAGGAGGAGAUGGAAAAAGAGAGGAAAAGACAUGAGGCUGUAGAGGAACUCCGUAGGAAAGAAGAAAAUGAGAGGCGUCUAAAAGCUGAGAUUGAAGCAAAAAGAAAACAAGAAGAAGAAGAGAGGAAAAAAAGGGAAGAAGAAGAAAAGCGAAUUCAGGCUGAAGUGGAGGUACAGCUGGCUCAUGAGCGGGAAGAAGAAUCUCAGCAGCAGGCUGUCCUUGAACAAGAGCGAAGGGAUCGGGAGCUUGCUAUGAGAAUCGCACAGAGCGAGGCAGAGCUGAUCAAUGAGGAAGGGCCAGACUCAGCAUUGCGCAGCGUAACAGUUGAUGGCACACAACCUUCUCCAGUUAACUUCAAAGCUGGUGGAGAGAAAACCAAACUGACCAUGGAAGAAAUGGCCAAAGAAAUGACAGAGAUUCUGUCUAGGGGUGGGCAAGUCCAAGCUACAAAAUCUGCUUCAUCUGUCAAAAAACAUGAUUUAAGCAAGUGGAAAUAUGCAGAGCUACGAGAUGCAAUCAAUACUUCAUGUGAUAUUGAACUCCUGGCCGCAUGCAGAGAAGAGUUCCACAGGAGACUGAAGGUUUAUCAUUCUUGGAAAUCCAAGAACAAGAAAAGGAAUGCAGAGACAGAACAGCGUGCUCCCAAAUCUGUCACUGAUUAUGAUUUUGCUCCAUUCAUGAACAACACACCCCAGCAGAACCCGGUAGUACAACUUCCUGCUAGGCAACAGGAGAUUGAAAUGAACAGGCAGCAGCGGUAUUUCCGUAUUCCUUUCAUCCGUCCUGCUGACCAAUACAAGGAUCCACAGAACAAGAAGAAAGGGUGGUGGUACGCGCAUUUCGAUGGUACCUGGAUAGCUCGGCAGAUGGAACUUCAUCCAGACAAACCUCCAAUUUUGCUAGUUGCUGGGAAGGAUGACAUGGAGAUGUGUGAACUGAAUCUUGAAGAAACUGGGUUAACAAGAAAAAGGGGAGCUGAGAUUUUACCUCGACAAUUUGAAGAGAUUUGGGAGCGCUGUGGAGGAAUUCAGUACCUGAGCAACGCGGUUGAAAGUAGUCAAGCACGGCCAACAUACGCUACAGCAAUGCUGCAAAAUCGACUGAAAUAGUUCUCCAUAAAUGGAUAUUCGUUACUAUCUUGCAGCUGACAAGAAGGGAAUCAGGCGUCUGCAAGAGCAGCUAACAUUGAAUGAUCUUGAAAUAGAGAGUUUUAUUAUAAAGUGAACAGGUUUCAUUAAUUGUGGGGCUUCAUUAAUUUGUAUUUUAGAUGUUUUAUUUUGAUGUAGUAGUAGUAGUUUAAUAGUGAAGUGGUCCUUGCAGGCACUUUUUUUUUUAGUCCAGUAUAUAUAUUUAUGUUGCAUUUGAAAUUGAGGCCUUAUAUAUAAUGUCAUUGUUUAGUGUGAAACGGGAGGCAAACUAUAUUCAAAACAACACUAAACCAUGAUGCACUUUCCAUGCUACUGUACCUGUUUUCUGAGAGUGCCUUCUGGUUAAUACUGCAAGACAGUGAUAUUUAAACAUGUCAUAUGUCCCUUCUAGUCUAGUAACCCAUAACAACAACCGUUUUAUUGUUUGCUCUCUAUCUGCUCUCUAACUGCACAGCAGCCAAUAAUAACCUCUGAAUAACUGCUAGAUGGAGCAAACAUAUUUUUUAUUUGCCGUGGAAGUUAGUUUCUUUGAAAUGCUUGGAUAUGAUGCUUAACUACAUGAAUAUUGUUUUAUUCUCAAAUGCUCAGGCAAUGAAAAGAUUCCAAGCAUCUUAUGGUGAGAUACUGACAAAUACUUGUUAUUUCAAGAGUUGCCACUUGUACCAUUAAUAAGAGUGAGGUCUACCAACAUUCCUGACUCAAUAGAUGUCAAUUGUACAUUGUCCCAUAAAAAGAAAAGUAUAUUUACAGUACAUACAUUAGGGUUAAUGUAUGCACAGUCUUAAACUGUUCUUUUGCUGUACAAUGUUUACAAAGUGCUGUGUACCUUUAACUGAUGGAGCUAGAUGGAGCAAUGGUUAUCCCUAAAGUUUUCUUGAAAUAAAUGACUCAAAAUAGUGUUGCCACCCGUCCAGUUUUGACCUCAGACAGUCUGGUUUUCAGAAGGACUGCCCAGUUUCCAAAUAUGGAAAACCGGUGAGGAUCACCUUGAUUGACAUGGCAAUCAGCCAAUCUAUGAUCGCCAUAUCAUGGCUCCACCCCAUGAUGCACCACCCUUUGACAUCACUGCCGCCCCAUUGACAUCACCUUCCCCACCAAAUUGUGAGCCUCAGAAAGGAGGCAAUGCUAACUUACAAUAGGUUGAAGUCUUUUUUGGUUAUCUGAAAUGGUUUAUAAAAUCUUCAGUCAUCUAAAUCAAAGCCCAAAUACAUAUCCAGAAAAGAUUUGUGAUAGUCAGCGCCCUAUGGGUACAUGAAUUUGUUAUAGCCCAAUGUUUUCCUUCAUUUAUAUGCUCCUUAAAAGAAAUUGUACAACCAGGUGUCUGUGAGGAAAAUAUAAUUGAAGGGGUUUCUUUUAGACAUUGGUGCUGAGUCUUCUCUGAAUGCCAUUUUCUCAAAGGCCGGCUUUCUCCCUUACAUUAUGGUUCCACAGUCAUCUCUUGUUAUAACAUCACACUUGUUAUUAUGAAUUUUACAAAAACUUGAGAUUAUUUAACUGACUGAAAUCCUCAGAACCAGAUGUGUUUUAAUUAGGUUGGCAUUGAAUGCAACACUGAUAACAUGUUUACAGUAGAAUGUUACUUACAGCUGGAAACAUAAAGGACAUGUAAACCCUACAUUUUCCUGCCAAAUAUAUAAGUUGGGCACAUCUCCCCCCACCAGAACAGCAUCUUUUGAACUGCUUUGUUCCCCUUUUUUCACCAGCACCAUCACAUUUUCCUAAAAAGCUUUCAGCAGCGGGCAUUUUUGCCUGUGACUAGUGAUUGGCGAAUUUGACCCGUUUCGUCCUAAAUUCGCAAAAAAGUCGCCAAACACAUUGAAGUCAAUAGGCAUUUUUUUGCUGCGAGACUGUGUGAAAUUUUUUAAACCACACAACAUUUUUUUUACUAUCUAUCAUAGUUUAUGGGUGUUUUCUUCUCAGCAAAAGAGGAAAGAUAAUUUACUCAUCCCUCUGGCACAUCAUCAAUGGCAUUUAAAGUUCAUGCAAGCAAGAAUGCAUGCUUACAUAGAGACAACCUACUUUGAUGGAAAGUCUUGCUUGAAUUUAGCACUGUAUUGGUUAAGAUGAGCUCAGGAGAGGAGAAAGAAAGUUUCUAUGGAAACCAGCAAUCCUAUCUGUUUAGUAAUCUGAGCUGAGAAAGAACUGAGCAUGCCCAGUAGCCAACAGCCAAAGCAAAUUCCCAAAGGAGGGAGUAGGUUAGAGCUAGAGGAUAAAAGGAAUCCUAAGUGAUUAAGUGGAUGCUGCAACCUGACUAUUAACCUUUGAAUAACCGGUGUGGCACAUAUUUAAAGAUUUCAAAGAGGCUGUUCGCUAACAUUUUUUUGUGGGUGGUUUACAUGUCCUUUAAGGAAUAAAUGCAAUGCACUUUAACUUGUGUUCACCACAUCUAAACUAGUGCACCCUGGACGUCAGUGUACAAAUGUUACUUAUUGAUAAUGUCAACAAUGUAGGAGGGAGUGCACUGGUUUACAUGUUUAACAAUAAAGAUCUAGAUUUGUGUAAAGUAUCUUUAAAAAUGGCUUGGAUAGACAUAAUAUCAAAGGCUAUUGUGAUACUAAACUCUAUAGUUAGUAUAGGUAUGGGUAUAUAGAAUUUAUGUGAAAGUAGGGAGGGGUGUGUGUAUGGAUGCUGGGUUUUCAAUUGGAGGGGUUGAACUCGAUGGACUUUGUGUUUUUUCAACCCGAUUUAACUAUUAAAAUCUUAAACUAUUAUAUACGUAUAUACGCAUCUGUACAUACUGACUUGCUUUCAAGCAAACUCUUAAAAAAGUUGGAUCGGUUUAUUAGAUGUUGGUGCUUGCAUCAAAGCAGCUCCUUAAGGUUUCCAUUAACCGUCUGGGAAUGUUACCAUUUCCUGGAGAGCCAUGUCCUUAGUGCAGGGGAUCUGUGACAGGACCAAGAACAAGUAUGUAAGCAGUGGGACAUUAACAAGCACAACCUUAGAAUUUGUCAGACUUACUGGGCCAUUGACAUUGCUCAGGAAUAAAAUGGCAGUGGCUUUCAUUUGGUAAAAUUCACCUACUACGACUAUAUGAAAUGAAUUAAUUUGUGUGGAACGUUUUUGUUUGUGUCAUCUCCUAAAUAAUAUAAAUUGUAGUCGAGAUUGGUUUUUAAAACUUGAUUUCAGCUGUAAAUUUUUUAUUUAUGUUUAACCUGAAAUGAUCUCUUAUAAAGUGUACUGUAUUGUUAGAAAAUAAACACAUUCCUCGCA